AUGUUUGCAGUAUCACCAUUGCCAGCUGAUGAUGAUCCUUUGUUGAAGUUUGCUCGUGCUCUAGGUUUUGAAAGGCUACUUGCGUUACCAAGCAAGCGUCAGCAAGUAAUUGCAGCCGAAGACAGGGCUACCAACGUGCCUCAGAUUAUCAAGUUGUUUGAAGUAGGAGCUCUAGUUUUGAAAAGACAAAUCAACAAGAGUAGUAAGCUGGAUGCUGGGUGGAUGGAUGAGGUUUUUCGGGUAAUCGCCGCCUUUAGUAACAACACUUACCAGCUAGCUAAGAGAUCCAAUGGAGUACAAUUGAAAAAUCGUAUCAAUGGGAUACACUUGCGACCUUAUUUUAAUCGUGAGAUUAAAGAAUAG